GCGUGCUGGUGCAGACGCAGCGCAGUGGGCGUAGAAGCGAUCGUUUCUCCGAGUUCAUACAUGACUUCCCGAUUAUCCGCACCCAAGUUGGGCUACUUCAAUUUGUGAUCUCUUCCGCCGCGUUGAGCCGAAAAAAUAUGACGGAAAGCUCUGCCAACAAGCUACUCAACGGAGAUGCUUGUCGUCGGACUUCGAGUGGUCAGAAAGCCAGCAAAAAUGGCUUCGUGAAGAACCACUGCCUGUUUCAACAGCAGCAGAAGUAUCGUCGCCCCGGGGAGAAGAACCAACAUGGCACACACAACUCGAGCCUGUACAAGAGGCCCUUUGUGGAAUCGUUCGAGCAGACUCCUCUACUGGUGGCCGUGCUUACCUACGUGGGCUACGGCAUCCUCACCAUCUUUGGCUACCUCCGUGAUUUUCUCCGCCACUGGAACAUCGGGAAAUGCACCAUGGCCCGAGAGCGAGAAGAGCAAAAGGACUUUGUCCCACUCUAUCAAGACUUUGAGAACUUUUACACCAGGAACUUGUACAUGAGGAUACGAGAUAACUGGAACCGACCCGUCUGUGGUGUUCCCGGGGCAAAGAUGGACCUGUUGGAGCGAGUUUCCCCUGAUUACAACUGGACUUUCCAGCACACUGGCAAAGUGGUGGAAGGCGUCAUCAACAUGGGCUCGUACAAUUAUCUGGGCUUCGCCCAGAACAAGGGGGCUUGCGCUGACGCUGCCUUGGAAGUCACGCAAAAAUACGGCGUGGGAGUUGGCAGCACUCGCUGUGAAUUAGGGAACCUUGACAUCCACGAGGAGCUGGAGCAGUUGGUGGCCAGAUUCCUUGGCGUUGAAUCAGCUAUGACGUUCGGUAUGGGCUUCGCUACAAAUUCCAUGAACAUUCCUGCGCUUACCGGGAAGGGUUGUCUGUCUUAAGUGACGAGCUUCAAUCACGCAUCACUAGUGCUAGGCGCCCGUCUUUCCGGCUCAACCAUUCGGGUACUUCAACACAACAACAUGCAAAGCCUUGAAAAACUCUUGCGAGACGCCAUUGUGCACGGACAGCCAAGGACCCAUCGGCCCUGGAGAAAAAUUCUCAUUUUGGUGGAGGGCAUUUACAGUAUGGAGGGUUCCAUUGUGCGUCUGCCAGAGGUCAUCGCCCUGAAGAAGCGCUACAAGGCCUACGUGUACCUGGAUGAGGCCCAUAGUAUCGGGGCUUUGGGUCCUAAUGGCAAGGGAGUGGUAGACUACUUUGGUCUCAACCCCACAGAUGUGGACGUCAUGAUGGGAACGUUCACGAAAAGCUUUGGCAGCGCCGGGGGUUACAUCGGAGGCAAAAAGGAGCUGAUCGAUUACCUGCGACAGCACUCUCACAGCGCCCUGUACGCCACCUCCAUGCCUCCACCCGUAGCCCAGCAAAUCAUCACCUCAAUGAAAAUCAUCAUGGGAGAAGAUGGGACCACACUGGGUGCCGACCGCCUCCGCCAGCUGUCCGAGAACGUGAUCUACUUCCGCAGGAAACUUUAUGAGAUGGGUGUCAUCAUCUAUGGCAACAGCGACUCACCCGUCGUACCCGUGAUGCUCUACAUGCCCGCCAAAUUGGGUCAGGCGUUCGGGCGAGAGAUGUUAAAGCGAAACAUCGGCACAGUGGGCGUCGGCUUUCCAGCGACCCCCAUCAUCGAAUCGCGAGCGCGUUUCUGCAUUUCGGCCUCGCACACCAAGGAAAUGCUCGACACGGUAUUGGAGGCCGUGAAUGAAGUGGGCGACCUGCUGCAGCUGAAGUACUCCAGACGUGGAGAGUCUCCUCCUCCUAUCAGGUGGACAUCUGAGGAAAGUCAGCUUCAGGACUGAGCCGCGAAAAAACGUUUCUGAUCCUAAAUCCAUCCCUAAAUAUGUAUAAUUGUGUACAUAAACAUACACAAAUCUGAUAAAGCUCUCUUCUAGUUUUGCUUAUGCACCACUUUUUCAUACCUCUUCUCGCCACACUUGAAACCUCAAUUGGUUCGCCAUAGCUUAUUACAGUAGAUAUAAAAAGUCUGUACACCCCUGGUCGAAUGCUAGAUUUUGUGAUAUAGAAAAAUGACACCAAGAUAAAUCAUUUCAAAAACUGCAAUGUAAAAAGCCUGAUGGUUUUGUGCAUUUUCCCCCAGAUAUUUUUGGGGAAUUUAAACAGGAACUACUCUAAUGUUGUCAUCAGCCUCUUAGCUUUGUUGCGGUUCAUCCGAGGUGUUUUAAAUAGAGGCUGGUGCAUGCUGCCUUCUGUUUUAAAAUUGAUUAAUUCUGAACAUCGCCACAUAUCCAGUUAUAUGCGGGUGUGUACACUUAUGCAACCUGUGGAACCGGUGGCAAAACAGUUUUGAAAUGAGUUCGAUUUAUUAUAUAUAAUAUCACAAAGGCCUAGCAUUUAAAUAGGGGUGUGUAUAUAUUUUUUUAUAUCCACUCUACCUUCACAGUCCUGCAACUUUUUUGAAUCUGUCAACUCGUGAAAAGAAGACCAACUUUUUAUACAUGACUUUCUGUGUCUGUAUUGAAAGUUGAUACUCCUUUCACUCGUGACAUGAUGUGUUUAUUCCCUUGAGCACAUAGAAUGUGUACGUUAUUUGUGCAAUAGUAACCACAAUGGAUUUCUUUUAGUUUUGAAGAUGCCAUUCGACAUUACUUGUGCACUUAAAAAAAAAAAAAAAAAAAGUCUUAAUUGUGAUGGUAGCAGUUGCUAUGAUGGACAAAAAAAAAAGUGAUGUAUGUAAAUAAUUUUUUCACAGUCAGUAAUGCUGCUAAGGUAGCAUCCCAAAUCUCUUACAUGAGUUUUAACUCAAGAUAAAAAAUCACUUGAACUUAAACAGAAUUUUUUUUUUCCUUGACCAAAGCAAACAUAUAUACAUAAAUAUAUUUUCUACCUUUCUCUUCAAAUGUAAAGCAAAUGUUCCAAAAGAAAACAACUCGAAGGGGGAAAAAGAUCCCGCUAAGAAAAAAAAACUUCAGAAUAUUUUUUUACUGCUUUUUUUUCUAGCUCUAUUUUGCAGUCUUAUUUACUGUUUACACCAGAUCUUGUAAACGCGAGUCCGUCGUCCUUUUCGUUUCUCUCGGUCUUUGUUGUGCUUUAAAUUCGGCACAGUCACAUUGUACAUUUGAACUGUAUGUAUGACGAUACUGCCCUCACACUUAUCUGAUAUACAGCUUUAUUUAUUUUUAAAAAAUUGUUUUGUCUUUCAGCUGGUUUUUUUUGUGAGAUAUAAUUGAAAGGCAGCUUUGCGUUUUUGUGUGCAUAUUUUAAAUAAUUGUUUAAAAAAAUUUUACUUCAGUGCUCACACUACUGACAGGCAUUGUAAAUGCACAGAUGAUGUAGUCACUGAAAUAUGCAGGAGUUCUGCUUCAUGUGUUUUUUUUGUAUCCCUCUCAUAACUGAUUUUUUUUUUUUUUAAGAAUGGCAUUCUAAUUGGUUCCGCUUUCUUUUGUUACGUCACACUGUAUGCACGGGGGUCAUCCCUAAACAUUCUGCUUCUGUUUUUUGUUUUACACAGUCCGAUUUAUUAAUGGGAAUUGGAGUCCAGUAAAGCCAGUGUGAUCAUCACAUCAUUUAAACCUGUUUUUCUAUCACAGCGAUGCAACCAAUUGUUUACUACAACUGGAAAUCUCAUCAAUUUGUCACAAAAAAUGGUAUGGAUAACCACUCAAGUGAUAUAUUUCCAUCAGCUUUGGUGUGACUUGCUGCAAUUGUGAAAUGUGCUGCAACGUUGGCAGAAUGUUUAUGGAGGAGAAAAUGAAUUUGCAAACAGCAACAUGUCUGUUCCUUAGAAUCAGGUUUCCCUCAAACCCUCUCCAGUAUGUUUGACAGCACAUGUGAACUGACCCAUAGAGAUUAAUGAGAUUUUUCAUAUCUGUUACUGAAAUUGUAUUUGAUUUUGAAAACCAUUCUGAGCAGAUUGUGAAGACAUGAUGUUUGUUGAUCAUGCUGUUCUAAACAAAUUAAAUCAGUUCUUUGUGUCAAC